AUGGCACAUAACGCACAACAUCUUAGCAAAUUAUUAGCAUCAUCAUUUAAACAAGCACCACCAAAUACAUUACCAGAAGUUGUUAUUAGUAAAAUCGAUGGGUUAGUCAAUUGGGCACGUACAGGCUCAUUAUGGCCAAUGACAUUUGGUUUAGCAUGUUGCGCAGUAGAAAUGAUGCAAGGAUAUGCAGCCCGUUACGAUAUGGAUAGAUUUGGUGUUAUUCCUCGUGCUUCACCACGUCAAUCAGAUUGUAUUAUUGUUGCAGGUACAUUAACAAAUAAAAUGGCACCAGCACUUCGUAAAGUUUACGAUCAAAUGCCAAAUCCACGUUAUGUAGUUUCAAUGGGUUCAUGCGCAAAUGGUGGUGGUUACUAUCAUUAUUCUUACUCUGUCGUUAGAGGUUGUGACAGAAUCAUUCCAGUCGAUGUUUAUAUUCCAGGUUGUCCACCAACUGCUGAAGCUUUUGUUUAUGGUAUCUUACAACUUCAAAAGAAAAUUGGUAGAGAACAAAAUUUAUUAACUUGGUGGAGAAAAUAA